CCUUUCCUUGUCGCGACAUCUCUUUAGAAAGAAAACAAAAGCCGGCCAAUUGCAUCAUGAUGUCAUUACAGUCAACACACACGCGUACCUCGAAACCCUCGCCCCUCUCGUCCUACCUCUCCCCCGCAGCGCACCCCUCCGGAACACCUCGAUCGCUCCGGCGCAGCGCCAGCGGAGCUCUUAACCAGCUCUCCGCGGUCCAAAUCAGCCAACUCAAAGAAUCCUUCACGCUGCUGGACAAAGAUGGUGACGGUGUGAUCUCGCCGGAAGACCUUGGAGCUAUGCUCGCGUCUCUCGGACUAGACGCGUCUCCGGCUGCCGUAUCACAACACCUCUCCUCCGCGCCGUCGCCUUUCAAUCUCGCUUCGUACCUUACACAUCUUUCGCAGCACCUGAGUCUUCUCUCGCCUGUGGGAGACCUAAUGGCCGCGUUUGAGGCGUUCGAUGAGAACGAUGAUGGGAUGGUUGACGUGGAAGAGCUGAGGAGCGCGUUGACCGGGAUGGGCGAGAGGAUGAGUUCUGAGGAUGUGGACCGCGCGCUCAAGGGGUUCACGAGAAGGAAGGGGCUGAAGCGUGGUGGUGGAGGCGGAGAUGUGUUCAGGUACCGCGAAUUUGUGGAUCUCCUUGCCGGAAAGUCGGCGGAUGAUGAGGAUGAUGGGGAGAAAUAGGGUUCUUCUCGCACCGAAAGUGAGGCCGACUUGGAGAAGAUCAAGAGUAAGGUGGAGGCGAUAAUGAAGAUGGGGUGAUUAAGAUACACAUGAUGGUAUGACUACGGGCGUAUUCAAACGGUUUGUUUACUUCGAUUUUGUUUACACUGGGGUUAUGGCGAUGGAUGGGUUUUGGAUCAGCGGGAAGAUCGGUGCUUGCUUUUGUUGUUUUUGCGUUUCCGUUUGCUUUCUUAUCUGUACUUCCUUACGUCCUUCCUGUCGAUGAUUAUGAUGAUGAUGACUGUAACUUUGUAUGUACAAUAGUCAAGCACCCGGUUGUGCUUUUACUGUAAAAUUCAGUUCCUUUGAAC